CCCGCUCCGGGCGGGCGGGGCGGCGGUGCCGGGGCAGAGCCCGCCCGGCCAAUGGGAGCGGCGGUUGUUGGCGGGCCGGGCGGUGGCGGCGUUGCCACAGCAGCGGCGCUCGGAAGCCGAGCCCAGCUCGGAAGCCGAGCCCAGCCCGAGCCGGCGGUCGGGGCGCGCCAUGGAGGGGCUGGAAGGUGAGGUUACAGUACAAACUGGAGAUCUGUUGCCAUGUAAGAUUUGUGGAAGAACUUUCUUUCCAGCAGCACUGAAAAAGCAUGGACCCAUUUGCCAAAAAACUUCUGCCAAGAAAAGGAAGACAUUCGAUUCAAGCCGACAGAGAGCAGAAGGAACUGACAUUCCCACAGUAAAACCUCUUAAGCCACGGCCAGAACCACCCAAAAAACCUUCUAACUGGAGACGAAAGCAUGAGGAAUUUAUAGCAACUAUACGAGCAGCCAAAGGACUUAAUCUUAAAGACGGUGGAAAACUCCCUCCACCACCUCCACCAUCAUAUGACCCUGAUUAUAUUCAGUGUCCAUACUGUCAGAGGAGAUUUAAUGAAAAUGCAGCUGACAGGCACAUCAAUUUCUGUAAGGAGCAAGCUGCACGUAUUACCAAUAAAGGGAAAUUGGCAGCUGAUACCAAAGGGAAGCUUCCUACUCGAACACAGUACAAACCUGCUCCAGUUAAGAAGAUGCCUUCUGUAGGAUCAACACCAUCACCAUCAUCACGCUUACCACAGCCAAGUGGUGUUAGCAAAACUGUUGUAGGUGUCUCUUCAAAUAAAGCACUGUCUUCGUCUGGAUCCAGUGGGAGCAAAAUUCAGACUUUAUCACCAGCUCAUAAAAACUCACUCGGAGCGGUGAACACACAAGCAGGAGGUGCAACAAAAACCCGGACAUCAACCCCUCCUAGUGUGGCAAGAACCAUGAGCACGGGUGCUUUGACAAACAGAAGAAAAACUAGCAAUUCAGACAUUUCCUUAAGGUCUAAUGGGAAAACUGGAUAUGACAAUGGAGACUGCUCAUCCUCAGUGAAUGGAGGAAGUGCAAAAAGCAGUGAAGGAAUUUCACCUGUACAGUUAUCCAAGUUCUGCCAUGAAUGUGGAACAAAGUAUCCAGUAGAAUGGGCAAAGUUCUGCUGUGAGUGUGGAAUUCGAAGAAUGGUUGUGUGAACACAUUCUUUAAAGCAGAAAGAAAACAAGAAACUGGAUCAUCUGCUAUGUACUGUUGCAUGGAAAGCUUGAGUGCUCUAUCCAGUUAGACUUCAUGCUGCAAAAGUCAAAACAUCACUUUGUAAUUUUCUGAGUGCAAUCUUCCAGUUACAUAGUUAUUUAUAAACAAUGAUGUAUACUGUAUAUAAAAAUAGCAGCUACCUAAAACUGUGCCAUUCAAGGAAAUUCUCUUUACUCUUUAUUGAAAAUAUUUAAAAUUAAGGUUAAAAUGUAUUAAGUAACCUAGGUAGCAGAAAGGUUCAAUGUUAUUUUUCUUUGCAAAUCCUACGAAGCAAAGGAUUUUUAAAAUCUCUUAUGUAGGGUAAUACUUACCUAUAGGGAACUAGCCAUGAACAACUUGGGCUUCAGAAGUUUCUCUAUGGAGACAUUUCUUUCAUCUAUGGCAGUAACUUAGAUGUUUCAUUCUAAGUGAAAACAACAUGAGGAAUGCCUUAUAAAUUCCUAGACAAAAGUGUAAAAAGCUUAGAUCUUUAAACUCUUUAACCGUAAUAUGCUAAUUGGACUUUCCAGUUGCUUUCUAGGAUUUUUUAAAGAAUCAAAGUGGAAAGACUACCUGAGAAUUCUCUUUGUAUCUAAUAAGAAAGGCAAGAUUUUCUUUUUGUGGCUUUCCAUGUUCUGUUUUUCAGUAAAAACAUGUUAAUAUUUUAUGUAUUUAUAAGCAAAAAUAUGGUAUUAAUUUUAUUAUUAUUAAUUUUAAGUUCCUUUUGUUUCAAAAUAUUGUCUUGCUCCUCCUGUGUUCCACCAUGACUAGCAUAUGUAAAGGUGUUGUGCUUUGUCCUGUUUCCAAAGGUCCUGCUCAUUUUUUUCUUUUCACUCAUUUCCUCAAGCAAAGUUGAAGUCUAUGCUUAUCCUACCUAAAUGUUGAACUCUUAUUUUGAAAACAGCCUUCUUGAUGUAUCCAAUACCAAAAAAAAAAAAUAGUUCUAUAAAAACGAAUGCUAGUAGAGCAGUAGAUCUUGAUAUAAGUAGCGAGUAUUUUUUAUUCUUAUUCCUGUGAAUAUAGCACAGCUUUCAUAUAUGAAUGCAUAGGGGAGUAACUGCUUCACUGCUAUAUGUGUCAAUACCCAAAUUUUUUUUUUUUCAGUUUUGUGUAUUUCUGAUGUUAAAAACAGAAGUUUUUUCAAGUUAGUAAUUGACUUCACAUUAAUCCAUUGGGAAGAAGGGAGAGACUCAAAGUUGUUGGGUUUUUUACUAAUUACACAGUAAAUUAGUAAAUUACACAUUUACUAAUAAAACCAUUCACAAGCCAAAUCACUUAACUUGUAUCUUAAUAUUGUAAUUUAUUUUGUGAAUUUUUGCUUUGAAGUCCUUGCACCAUCUUCAUUAUGUGUGACAGAACGAUCUGAAAUAACUUAACUGUGCCUUUCCCACAGUAAAUAAUUUUUUGUCAGAAACUGGUACUUUCAGCUCACAAACAGCAUUAGUCUCAAUUCAUUUAAUUUCUUUACAACUAAAAUAUAAUGUAGUGUUCCAUGGUACUAUUAUGUUUGCUGCUUACAAUCUCAAAAAUUGUGAUUAUCAAUGGGGCCAAUUUAGAAGAAAGCAUGAUUGAAGAAAACCAUCUUCCAAGCAGAUACCAGUCUAAGGGUGAGUGAUUUCAGAGACUUGAUAUAGUUAUGUUGCAGGCCACAGGCUAUUGAUGUUUUAAAAUUAGUUCAGUGAAUUUAUCCUUCAUUCAGUGUAGUCUUUUCACAAUUGGUGUAAACUGGCUAUUGAGUAUUAUAGAACGGAUGACUGGUAAUGAUACUUAGAGCUGAUAAAUCCUAGCCAGUUUAUUUUCUAGGAGUUUAGAUUCUAGGAUCCAUAUUAUGACACAUUCAUGUCUGUAUUUAGAAAAACUGGAAUUGUGCAUUCUUUCCAUAGCCUGCUUUGGAAAACUUUCCCUGGACUUAGGCCGUGGAGAUCUGUAGACAUGUUUUGUGAGCUGAGAGUCCAACAGCAAAGAUACCAGUCCAGAACAGAUUUGAUUAGAUAGUGAAUCUACUCCUACCUAAUAAAUUUGCAGUUGUUUCUGCUGGAAAAUGCAUUUUUUCCAUUUAUUAAAAAUGCUUUCUACAAAGGGAAUGUUUAGUAUGGUACUCAAUACCUUUCAGAUUUUCCAGGAUUAUUGUAACUGUAGGAAAAAACAUAUUGAUUUCAAAUCAAUACUCAUACAGUUAAUGUAUUUUCUGCUUUGUGAGAUGUUUGUGAGAUUCUUUGCUUUCAAUGCAGCAUUUAGUAAAUUACUUGAGUAGCACAUAAUUUGAUUCUCUUAAACGUGAUUUUUCAUGAGGGUUAGAUAGGGAAUUAACCUGAAUGUAAUAAAAAAGGUUUUUAAAACUGAUCUUUUAAUUUGGCCCUAUAAAGAAGGUCUAUGAAACGUAAUUGACUAUUUAUAGUAACACUGGAUAAUAUGUAUGUGUUGUAAUCCACAGUAAAUAUAAGCAGACAAUUAAAUUCUUUUUGACUGUGUAGUUUGGUGCUGUAUGGUAAGACUUACGAGGCCCAGUAUGUUUUGUGUUUGUCAACUGGUUUUGUUUCUGAAGGCUGUGAUGUUACAGACCCUAGCCAGAAUUACUGAAGGUAUCAACACAGAUCACUGCAAUUCCAUCUCAGUGGUUGACUGUACAAAACAAUGGAUUGGUUUUCAUAAUGCCCUCAAAGAACUGAAUGUGGCAAACAAAUUUGUUAAUAUUUAAAGAAAAAAACCCAAAUUUGUUAUAUUUAAAGAAAAAAAAACUUUCAGAGAGUUGGACUGAAUUUUCAAUCUUUAGUGUAUUACAUGUGUCAAGAAGUUUGCAGAGUUAAUUUAUUGGUCAUUUACAUCCAAACCCUCUUGCCCUAGUCUUCUCUGCACACUUAUGCCUUGGAUUUCAUGUGAGGAAAAAACAUUAACUAUGCACUGUCUGUUUAUACUGAACUUUAGUGAUGCAAUCGUUGUGAUGAUUCCUAUACCAAUGUCUAACCCUAUGACAGAUUUACUGUCAGCCAUUUUAUCUUCCUAAUGUUCUUACUAAGGUUCUUCCAUUCAUUAAAGAAGUGAGGAGUGGGGGGCAACGGUGAAAAGUCAACGGCAAAAUUCCAUUUAAAGAAACAGGAAGAGGCUGGUUUUGAUGUUUGGCCUGAGGGAGUUUGCAUUCCCAUUCUACUUUUGUGAUUUUCUCUUAUACAAAGGACCUCUCUGUGCCAGGAAGUAGUGCAAGAUCAUUGGAACUAUGCUGAUAGAAGUGCAAUGGAGUUAUAAAAAUGCUAGCUUCAAUAGUAAAAACAGCAUAGCAUAAAGCUUAAUCUCUAUAUAAUGUACCUUACACAGGUUUAUAUUUAUGCAUGGUGUCCACACUCUAGGUAGUUUCAGAACUGGAAUCUCCAAAUAUACAGCAAUUAAAAUAUGUGUUUAUAUGAAUAAUUAGUCUUACACACCACUGCAAGGAGGUGGGCACAGGGAGAUGCUUCACCCCCAUUUCAGGUUGUAACUAUGAAAUGAGCAUCUAGGUAGAAUUUUUCAGAUUUGCCAAAGAGACUCGAAGAGACCUUAAACUCCCUGGAAGGAGGGAAAAAGCUCCACCUGAGAGUUCCCUGGCUGGAAGGGCAUCAGGCAGGGGGAGCUUUCCACGUGCUCUGGCGCUGAGCCUCUCCCGCAGUGCUGGGGCAGCAGCUGCUCCAGUGCAGCCACACAUCCUGUGCCUCCACAGGAUGGGAACUCCAGAUUGUAUUGUAACACCUGACCCAGUCUUUAUGCAUCAUGGAAGUGCUCUGUCAUCUGCAAGGGACUAGCUUCGAAUUCACCAUCGCAGCGGAGAGCUGGGGCCUGAAAUGCAGGGAGAGCGUUUUUGAGAUGCCUGCUUAACUGAGUCAGUGGAAGGAGAUAUGACUGCAGUACUUUAAAUAAACAAGAUAGGUGCACACUGAUGUAGACUAUGUAAAUAGUCUGCAUAUGAAAUUGAAUGGUAUUGUCUAUGUAUUACAAAGGUCACAAGAACUGCUAAUUUCCAUCACAUAGGCUUUGUAUAUCUGCAAAGAACAAACCUGUAAUGAGUGUUUUCAAUUUUGGCUGAAAAAAUUGUGCUUAGUAAGAGCACUUUUUAAAAUUUUUUUUUUCUAUCCAGUUUGACUAAGCUAUGAAUAGUUAUAUGGGUUGUAUGAGAAGGUAGAAUUUUCAUCUUUGGUAAAAUUUGUUCUAGUGAAUCUGGUGAAAAUAGUUUGAUUGCCUUUCAAGUACAGCUUAUUCCAACUUCUGAUUGUUUUGUUGCUGGUUGGUUUGGUUGGUUUUUUCCCAUCUUGCUAAGUAAGAUUUGAGUGACCUAAUUGUGUUGUUUGAAGAAGUGUUAGGUAAAAGACUUCAUUAGCUGAGUUCAGUAGUCACUUGGUUGAUAUUUUUGUUCCAGUAGUCACAGUAUAAGACAUUAAUUACUCUUGCAUACUAGUUCAUUUUUUGGUUUGUUUUGGGUGAGUUUUUUUGGUGUUAUGUCAGUCCAGAAUAAUAUACACUUCUGGAGGAUCCUAUUUAGCCCCAUUCUACUUCAUCUUGCCAGAAAACAGCUUCUCGUAAUAAGUGUUCAUUCUUUACAAAAGUAAUCGAUAGGGAAAUUAUAUUUUCCCAAUUGGAACAUUUGGGUCAGCAAAUCAAAUACUCAGUUUAAUACAGCUGAAUAUUGAACCCACGUUCUAAACAGAAGUGCAUGGUUUACCAUAGUUUUAUAUUUCAGUUUGGCUUUCUGGCAGAACCAUGAAUUUGGGUGGGAUAUGUGAAGUGCUGAGUACAGUACAACUGUUACAAAAUCUACUUUAUGUGAUUGCUCUAACUCUUGGUGUUCAUCCUUCAUAUGACACUUAAUAUGUUUCUCUUUGUAAGUUGAUUUAUUAAUGUUCUGUGUUUUUAAAUGGUGUGUUCAUUCAUGUGUUGGAGGUGGUUAAUUUUUUCAGCAUUGCAUUUAUUAUGUUUGUCUUGCCCCUCAGUACAUGGAAUAUUUGUUUGUGACCAUCCAGUGAGGGUUUCUUUGGCCAGAAUUCCUUUGUUUGUUUGCCUCUUAUUUCUUAUGUUUAUUUUAAAGUGUCAAUUCAGUUUUAAUUAAUAAAUGUAAAUCACCACCUAAUGCUAAUUUGCCACUUGUUAACAAAGCAAAUAUGCCAAUAAAACUUCUUGUGAUGUGCAA